CCCAACAUUCAAAUAAGUUUUCAGAUUUUGCAAUUAUACCAAAAUAUAGCAACAAUGACUUCAUUGACUGGAAAUGUAAACCAUGAAGAUAGGAUUUUUCGACCAGAGGCUAAUUUUUCUCCUAGUCUUUGGGGAAAUAUUUUUAGCUAUUCUACUGUGGAUAAUCAGGUAUCCGAGAAAAAUAUAGAAGAGAUUGAGACCUUGAAAGAAGAAGUCAAGCACAUGAUAAUAAGUACUACUAACAGUGCCACCAUAGAGAAAAUACAUUUGAUUGACACUCUCGAACACCUUGGUAUUUCGUAUCACUUCGAGUUGGAGAUUGAAGAUCAAAUUAGCAAGAUGUUUGAUCUAAAUGUCAUCCAUGAAGAGGAUGAUCUAUACAAGGUUGCUCUAUAUUUUCGAUUGUUUAGGCAACAUGGCUAUCCGGUCUCUUCUGAUCAUUUCAACCAAUUCAAGGACAACAAUGGGAAAUUCAAGGAAACUCUACUUACAGAUGCAAAGGGUCUGCUAAGUCUGUAUGAAGCGGCACAUGUUAGGGGACAUGAGGAUGUCAUAUUAGAAGAGGCUCUUAGUUUUGCAACAUCCCAUCUUGAAAGGAUAGCACCUAAUACCUUAGAUUCUACUCUUGAGAAACAUGUAACACAUGCCCUAAUGCAAUCUCUUCAUAGAGGCAUCCCAAGAGCUGAAGCACACUUUUACAUUUCAAUAUAUGAGAAUGUGGAUUCCAGAAAAGAAAAGCUACUGAGGAUUGCAAAACUAGAUUACAAUUUGUUGCAAAUGCUACACAAGGAAGAGCUUAGAGAACUCACAUUGUGGUGGAAAGAUUUGGAUCUUGCGUCUAAACUUUCUUAUGUCAGAGACAGAAUAGUGGAAUGCUUCUUUUGGACCGUAGGCGUGUACUUUGAACCUCAAUACUCUAGAGCUCGGAUUAUGCUUGCGAAGUGCAUAGCUAUGAUUUCAUUAAUUGAUGAUACAUAUGACUCUUAUGGUACUCUUCAUGAACUAGAAGUAUUCACGGAAGCGGUGGACCGGUGGAAUGUAAGUGAAAUAGAUCAACUGCCAAAUUAUAUGAAACCGAUAUAUACAAUUCUUCUCGAUCUCUUCGAGGAAUAUGAAAUCGAAGUCAAAAGCCAAGAUAUAUUCUAUGGAGUUUAUUACGUCAAAGAGGCGAUGAAAGAAAUCGCGAGGAGUUACUAUAUAGAGGCUCAAUGGUUCAUCGAAGGAAAAAUUCCAUCAUUUAAAGAGUACCUAAGCAAUGCACUGAUCACCGGAACUUAUUACCUACUAGCACAAACAUCAUUAUUAGGCAUGAGGUCAGCAUCAAAGACCGCAUUCGAUUGGAUGAUGAAUAAGCCUAAAAUUCUUGUUGCUUCAGCAUUAAUUGGUCGAGUCAAUUGUAACACCCCGUAUCUUGGAACUAAGUUCAGACUCAUAUCAUUAGAGUUGGUAUCACAUGUUGAUUCAGCCAGCCAGUUGGUUCGUUCGGUCACAUGCAGUCAGGCACCAGGUGCCGUGUUACGUCCAUGCCCAGGUUCGGGGCGUGACAUCAUUGAUUACAUAGCUACUUAUAAGAUUGAGAAAGAAAAAGGACAACUUAUCACAGGGAUAGAAUGUUAUAUGCAAGAGAACAAUUUAUCCGUGGAAGAAGCUAGUGCAGAACCUUCUGAAAUAGCUGAAAAUGCGUUGAAGGAUUUGAACAAAGAGUGCAUUAAGCCUACUUCUAUGCCAGCUAAAAUAUUGAUGCGUAUUGUGAACCUCACACGUCUGAUUGAUGUUGUUUACAAGAACAAUCAAGACGGAUAUAGUAAUCCAAAGAAUAAUGUGAAGUCUGUGAUUGAAGCCUUACUCGUCAAUCCCUUCAAUAUCUAGGGAACUUUUGAUACUCACGAGUUGACAUGAAAGAUGAUCAUUAACGAAAUAAGUUGAUACAAAUCAUUACUAUACUUUAUUCAAUAAUUUCAUAAAUAAGUAAUUUGUA